AUGGCUUCUCCAGCCUCGCUUGGCUCUCGAGCCCUGCGAGCUAGCAGUCGUCAUAUUCCCGUCACCUCUCUGCAGCGGAGAGGUCUCGCCGCAGCUGCGUCUGGCAGCUUUCAAUAUGAGACGGGGGAAGCGUCGGGUGUCAAAUUCGCCAGCAGAGACCUGCCAGGUGCAACGACUACUCUGACUGUCGUCGCCAAAGCCGGUACCCGAUAUCAACCCCUUCCUGGCUAUUCCGACGCCCUCGAAAAGUUUGCUUUCAAGUCUACCACGAAACGAUCAACUCUGCGCAUUACCCGAGAGGCUGAGCUUCUGGGUGGUGAGCUGUCGGCGUACCACUCCCGAGAGAAUCUUGUCCUUCGAGCCAAAUUCCUGCGUGAAGACCUGCCUUAUUUCACCGAAUUGCUGGGAGAAGUCAUAUCAAAAACCCGAUACACGACGCAUGAACUCAAUGAAGAGGUGAUCCACGUUAUGAAACUCGCACAAAAAGGUCUCCUCGGAAGCCCUCUGUCCCUCGCCCUGAAUUCCGUUCAUGGUGUUGCCUUCCACCGCGGGUUGGGCGAGCCAUUAUAUGCCACCUCAUCGGUUCCGAUCAUUCAGUAUCUUGAUGCUGAGGACGUCGCGAAAUUCAGUGACAGUGCCUACGUCAAGGGAAACAUUGCCGUUGUUGCCAACGGUGCAAGCCACGCUGAAUUCUCCAAAUGGGUGGGAGAGUUCUUCCAAGACACUCCGGCUGGUUCCAAACUGAACAGUCCUGCUUCGAAAUACUACGGCGGUGAAGAGAGAAUCGCUCACGGCUCGGGUAAUGUGUUGAUUAUCGGGUUCCAAGGAUCCAGCUCGUUCACAGCUGGGUCCUCGUACAAACCAGAAAUUGCAGUCCUGGCUUCCUUACUAGGAGGGGAAAGCAGCAUCAAAUGGUCUCCAGGCUUCUCCUUACUGUCUAAAGCCGCACACGACUUCCCACAAGUCCAAGUCUCGACUCAACAUGCCGCUUAUUCUGACGCUGGUCUGCUCUACAUUACCUUCACCGGGAAUGCGGCUCAGAUUGCCAAAGCAAGCGAGAAUGCAGUCAACACGCUCAAAAAGAUCGCAGCAGGCGAAGUGGCAGAAGAAGACAUCAAGAAGGCCACUGCAUUGGCGAAAUUCAGGGCUCUCGAGGCUGGACAGCAGACCCAGGCUGGUCUGGAAGCAACCGGAAAUGGACUCAUCGAGGGUGGGAAACCAUUCCAGAUCGAUGAGAUUGGCUCUUCCAUCGACAAAGUUUCUUCAGACAAGGUCAAGGCGGCGGCGAAGAGCUUGCUGGAGUCGAAAGCAUCGGUGUCAGCAGUGGGAGACCUGUUCAGACUUCCUUUUGCGUCCGAGAUAGGCCUGACAGUUUGA